GAGACCUUUUACCAAUAUGAAAACAGGCCGCGGGAGACGUUUUAGGACGAAUCCUAAAAGAUGAUUUUUAGGACUGCGUGUCGAGCUACGGCCAGCAUGGCCGACGCCAAUGGCUGGAGGACGGACUUGGAGCCUCAUUGCGAAGUUGAAAACGCAGACGAGUUGCACGACGAGGAAGAGGAGGAAACGGGGGGCGCCGAAGAUAAGGUGGACAACGAGGUGGAUGGGGACCACAUUGUAGAGGGACGGGAUGUGAUUGAGGAGGAGGAGGAGGAGGAGGAGGAGGGUGAUGCCCACGUCGGGCAGCGAAAGCAGCAAGGCCGCACGGACGCUAAGGCACGGAAAUCCAUGGGCGGAUUCACGGAAGAAGAGGAUGACGAGCUUGAAGAGCCACGGCUUCCGCGUCGCGGGGGGGGGCAGGGAGCGCGUUCUAUCGAUCGAGGAAGAAGCACCAUACAUACGCGAUCAGGAACGAGUCCGACGAUGAUUUGUGCAAGAGUGGAGUCCUCGACGGCUGAGAAACGGCCAGCAACAGUCUGCGCAGUCAGAUACUCUGGCUGGCCGAAAAAAUCUCGGAUCUAUUCUGACGGCGAAGCCAUCUUCGAGAUGAUCAUUAACCAGCGGGUGCAGACCAGGAGCUCCCGAAAUGGCUGGAGCUGGAAGUCGAAGUCGCCGCCAAGCUGUGGGCGAUUCAAGUCCGUGCUCGCAUCGCCAGCUUCUGCUCCGUCCUCGUCGCCCUCCUUCGACGAUUGGAAAGCGGGCGUGGACUCGGCGCGGGAUUGUUAUCGCCGAGUUGCUGAGGGCAAGCUCCAAGAUGACGAAUACCAUCAGGAGCAACCCGAAAAGGGAGCCGGAGACGAUGACGAGAGGCCUCGAAGGGUUAAGAAGACGCGGUCCAUGACACGCGUGAUGCAAGUGUCCGCGUCGAAGGCACGAGCAGAGAAUCCUCUGGUUAUCGCGGCAGAGCCGCAGCUUGCGCAUCAGGAUCGUCAUGGGCAUCAUCAUGAGCAGCAGCGGCAGCAACAACAGGUGCCCACUUCACACGUCGCUCGACAGCGGGUCUCGCAAAAGCGUAAGAGAGGAAGCAGCAGCGGUCACAGCAGCACUGGAAGAGUUGGCGUGAACAGAAAGGGGGGCGGACGCGAGCUGCCAGUGCUCCGCCCUCCAGUAGGACCCCGGGAGCACGUCGAUGGCAGUCGCUGCUCGCGAGCCGGUCGAGAGACCACGGCGCCACUCCAUCCAUGUGGCAAAUGCGACGAAGGACAAGGUUGCCCGCAGGUGAAGGAAGGGAUGCGGACAGUCUGCGGUGGGAGCGGGGGCCCCGCAUCAACGACGUCGUCGGAAAGAAACAACCGUUCGAUCACUGUGAAGCAGCCAGCGCAGCCGCCACGUGUCACUGCAAGGAGAGCCGGAAGGUGCUCGUCGUCUCUGAACGGGAAGGCUCGCUCAACAGCAACGUCUGUACAGCUCCUUGAGUUGGGGCAGCUGGCAACCCUUCGAGACGACGAGGAUGGCGAUGGCGAUGGCGAUGGCGGCGAGGACGAUGAUGGUGGUGAUGAACGGUACACCCAGGACGAAGAUCGUGAUGAUGGUGAGGACGAAGAUCGUUAUUUCACUCAGGAUGAUAAUGACGAGGAGGAGGAGGAGGAGGAGGAGGGGACAGAGCUACAUUUCGAAGGUGUUGAUUGCCAAGACGGGAAAUCGGAGGAGACUGACAGAGCAGAGGAAGCGGAGGGCUUAAGAACUGGGAUCGCGAGGGGUGAGGACACGCGCACCCAACCGAGACAUCGCCAUGUGAAAGAAAACUCGCACCUUGAUGAUAUGCGAACUGUCAGCGAGUCUAACCUGGUAAGACAGGUUCCGAGGCGGCGGGACCAUCGGUCUGCUGGGUUACGUGACGCCGGUGACGGGAUGGGAUCCCAUGUGGAGGCCACAUGCUAUAAUGUAGCUUCCAGAACCCAUGCCGAGUCUAUGGUCACAAGCACAAUCCGAUUCGGCGAAUCGUCGAGUAAAGUGGAUACCCCCUCAGCCUCAGUGUGCGAGUCGGAAGCAGCAGGCGGCGGUGAAGGUCAAGACUGCGACGACGAAGACGUUACGGGAGAGGAUCAAGACCAGCAAGAGGAUGAAGACCAGUGCCAUAGCCCGGGCCAGGAACAAGACGAAGACCACAACCAAGAAUCGUACAUGGACUGGCGCCGAGGGCAACUGCACGACCAAGAGCAAGACCAGAACCACGACCGGGACCACGACCGGGACAAACAUGAAGGUGCAGAUCAAUACCCACGAGCCGAGGAACAGGCCGAAGAGGAGUACCAUAACCAGCACCAGGAGCAGGGCCAAGACGACGACCGCGUACGUCAGAAAACCGCUGGAGGGCAGGCGGGAUACGAGGCACUGUCAGGCGUCAGUGAGGAGUAUGCCAACUCGGAGUCGGGCCAUUGUGAGGUUUCAGGGGCGCAAGAGAGAGUCGUACCUGACCCUCCCCUUCCUCCAAGCAUUCUUUAUCGAGCUGAGCCCAAGCUGGAGCGAAGACACCUGCAGCUUCAGAAGAUAACUCGUCAGAAGAGCGAGAAGGAUGGAGGCAAGUGCAAGCGGUCGGAUGGCAAAGGGUGGAGGUGCCCAAUUCCGGCUCUGAAGGGGCAGUCAUUUUGUUCGUAUCAUCUCAAGACGAAGCUGCAAGCGAGUUUAGCGAAGGCAAGGAGGAACGCCCAGGCAAUCACCCAAGGGUCGCAGGGGAGUGCAGAGGGCUUGGCAGGAAGUCGGUGCGCCACGGGGGAGCUGCAGAGCGCUCAGGAUGAUGAGUUGUCGCCAAUGAACUUGCUGGCUGCAUUCGCUGAAGAAACCACCAAAGAGAGGAGGAGAUCGCCGAAGGGCAGAGGUCAUAGAAUCAGUUGGCAGCAUGGUGGAGACUGGGCAAGGGAAGGGGAGAAGUGGAGUGGGCAUCCGACACAGAGACAGUGCAUGAGGACAGCCGGGAGCCAACACCUUGGAAAAUGGCGAUGCAGCCUCCCUGCCGUUGCCUGCUCUGAUUUCUGCAUCAAGCACAGACGGAAGCGACCAGACCGAAACUCGCAACGAGGCGGGGUCUCAGACGAAUGAUCCUAGCUUCCUAACCUAACUCAUGGCAAUCAGUAG